CUCGGUUUCCUCCCACCUCCUCCUCUCAGUUAGAGCCCGGCACUGGGCAGAGUUGCCUGCCUCGGGACGGAGGAGGUCUCAGGGGAUCUUCCUCGGGUGUUGGACCUAUGGUCAGGCUGCUUGUUGCCCUCGCGUUCUUCCUUCUCCAGUUUCCAGUCCCAAUCCGAGCAAGUGAGACGCACUCUGCACCCCCGCCGCCGCCCCAGUUCCUUUUGGCCCCUUCUCCCAGCCCGAUUCUGCCUUGCAUCCCCUGCCUGCCUCCCUGGGUCACGCGUUGCAUGUCGUUUUUGCGGGGAACCUGGUUGGCGCUAGACGUGUGUUCUGUCCAGGGGAGCCACCUGUCUUGUUCACCCCAUAAGCAGUAAGAACAAAAUGACAGCUGUAAAGUAUGAACAAAGUGUGGAUGUGCAAGAAUUUCAAGGAUGUAAAGAGCUCAAGGAACCCACUGUUGUCAUUGAUGAUGGCAUGAACGCCAUUGACGAGGAUGAUGAACUGGACUCAAAUGCUUACAAGAUUAAGAAAAAGAUUUCUCCGUUUGUGAUGUCUUUUGGAUUCAGACUUUUUGGCGUAGUGCUUAUUUUUGUGGACAUCAUAAUUGUGGUUGUAUCUUUAAUGGUUGGAAACAAACCUCUUGAACGUACUCUUGGAGUAAUCUCUUUGGCUAUAGCACUGUUCUUCGUCAUAGAUGUUCUCCUGCGAGUGUAUGUUACAGGUUUCAGAAAGUAUUUCUAUUCCAUGCUAAAUACUCUAGAUUGCAUCAUCGUUGUGGGCACUCUGCUUAUCAAUAUGAUGUAUACUUUUUCUGAUUUAAGUGGAUUAAGCCAGAUUCCAAGAAUAGUUAAUUUAUUUCGAGUCCUGAGGAUUAUAUUUCUGAUAAGAAUAUUUCGACUAGCUUCUGAGAAGGAACGAUUGGAAAAAGUGACCCGGAAGAUGGUCUCUGAAAAUAAAAGGCGCUAUGUGAAAGAUGGCUUUGAUUUGGACCUAACUUAUAUCACAGCUCGUGUUAUAGCAAUGUCCUUUCCGUCUUCUGGGCAGCAGUCUUUCUACAGGAAUCCAAUAUCGGAAGUUGCAAGGUUCUUGGAUACAAAACAUGAAGGCCACUACAAAGUCUACAACCUUUGCAGUGAAAAGGGCUAUGACCCAGUGCUCUUCCAUUACAGGGUAGAGAGGAUAUUUAUUGAUGACCACAAUGUUCCAACUCUAGAGGACAUGCUAAAAUUUACUGCCAGUGUGCGAGAUUGGAUGCAACAGGACAGCCGUAAUAUCAUAGCAAUACACUGUAAAGGCGGAAAAGGUAGGACUGGAACUAUGGUUUGCACCUGGCUUGUUGAUAGUGACCAGUUUGAGAGUGCAAAGGAAAGUUUGGCAUACUUUGGUGAGAGGAGAACUGAUACAAGUGAAAGCUCCAAGUAUCAGGGUGUUGAAACUCCAUCCCAGAGUAGAUAUGUUCAAUAUUAUGAAAUUGUGAAAAACAAAUAUGGCCGGACACUCCCACCAGCAAGAUCACUGAGAAUCAAAAGUGUGAAGAUCUACGCUAUCUGUGGAGUUGGGAAAGGCAAUGGGAGUGAUCUGAAAAUGCAGAUAUUUAUGGGAAAGAAAAUAGUAUUUCACUGUGUUUGUGGAACCCAAGAGAACUGUAAGUUGUUUCUCGAUGGUGAGAGAGAUUGUGUAGUAAUUAGCUUGGAAGGCUGUCCUGUCCUUAGCAACGAUGUGAAAAUCAGAGUUCACUCUCCUGAUAUUCCGCAAGGCUACGAUGACUCUGCUUUCUUCUUCUGGUUCAAUACCAUCUUCGUAGAAGAUAACAGACUUUUCUUGGCUAGAAAGGAACUGGAUAACCCACACAAGCCAAAGACUUGGAAGAUCUUCAGGGAAACGUUUGCUGUGGAGCUCAACUUCAUUGAACCAUAACCAGGAAUGAGCAGUGACUGUUCAAAUGGAGUUGCUCUUCUAUUUCCUCCAGGAUCAUGUAGCUCUGCCACUGGUGUGGUAUUGGCCUUCUGAGAUUUCCUUUCCCUCUUUAUGUGUUGAUGGGAGUACUUUAGAACUGAAGGUUAAACAAAUUACCUAGGUCUUCUGUCUUGUCGUCCUACUUCUAUGAUGAUUAAAACAAUCAAUUUGCCA